AUGGCUUGGGCUUCCAACUUUAAUGAAUUCUUUAAGAAUUUUAAGAGGGAAAGCAAAAUCAUCUCUGAGGACACCAUCACCUUGAUUGAGGCUUACAUACUGAAAAAUGAGCUUCAGAAAGCUGUUUCUGUAAUUCAAAAGGCACUGAGAAACAUUGAGAGUGCUUCUCUGAACAUAGCUGUGACAGGGGAAACAGGAACAGGGAAGUCCACUUUCAUCAAUGCCCUGAGGGGGGUGGAGCAGGAAGAAGAAGGGGCAGCUGCCACUGGAGUGGUAGAAACAACCAUGAGGAGAAUUGCAUACCCACAUGCAAAGCUCCCGAAUGUGAUAUUAUGGGACUUGCCUGGCAUUGGGUCCACUAACUUCCCACCACAAAGGUACCUAACAGAAAUGAAGUUCAAUGAGUACGACUUCUUCAUUAUCAUCUCGUCUACACGCUUCAAAGAAAAUGAUGCCCAACUUGCCAAAGCCAUUAAAAUGAUGGGGUUGAAUUUCUACUUUGUCAGAACCAAGAUAGACAAUGACUUAGGUAAUGAACAGAAGAGUAAGCCUAAGACUUUCAAUAAGGAGAAGGUCCUCAUGAAAAUUCGAGAUGACUGUUCAGAGCAUCUUCAUAAGGUUCUCUCCAGUGAGCCUCCAGUCUUCCUAGUCUCUAACUUUCAUUUGUCAGACUAUGACUUCCCAAAGCUGGAAACCAAACUCCUAGAGGAUCUCCCAGCCCACAAGCGCCACGCCUUCUCACUGUCUUUGCAAAGUCUUACUGAGGCCACCAUUAAGUAUAAGAAAGAUUCCCUGAAGCAAAAAGUCUUCCUGGAGGCCAUAAUGGCUGGAACAUUUGCCACCAUUCCACUUGGUGGCAUGAUCAUGGAUGACGUAGAGAAUCUAAAUGAAACAUUCGAUUUCUACAGGUCUCAAUUUGGGCUGGAUGAUGCCUCACUGAAAAAGUAUGCCAAGGAUUUUAACAUGUCUGUGAAUGACUUUAAGGUACACCUUCGGUUUCCCCAUUUGUUUGCAGAAGACAAUGACAAGUCCUUAGAAAACAAGCUGUCAAAAUAUAUCAAACAAGUUUCUUCAGUUACUGGUGGACCGGUUGCUACAGUCAUUUACUUUGAUAGAGCUUACUAUUUGCAGAAUCUCUUUCUUGAUACAGCAGCCAAUGAUGCCAUCGCUCUUCUGAAUAAUCCACGGCUUUCUGAUAAGGAGGUGGGAACAUAUAUAUCUAUGCCCCUCAACUACUGGGAGUAA